AUGAGCAAUCCUGAGGUUAGGAGCAGAGUUUUGGGUAAAUACGGUCGACCACUGGAGCAAGAUUCCAUUAAUCCGGUACCGAAAGUGAAAGGUCUGAUCCGUAACCCAGUGGUCUAUACGACCUUGCGAGACGGUUGUGCGGAUUUGUCCAAGGCAAGCAAAUAUUGUCAUCGAAUCAAAUCGUCCAGUACGGGUGACACAAAUGGACCCUGUUCGAAUGAAACAAUUCAAUUGACUGUAUCUCCACACAGUGUACGUCAAGCGAUCACCACAGCUAGCAAAUCUCUAUCUAUGUUGAGACACAUGCUCCGAAUGAAUUUAACCGUACACUCCGAUCCGAAACAGAGUGCGGACCUUCCACGUGGUCUAAACGAGAUCUCGAAAUCGUUGGCCGGAAUGCCACGUGGGCACCAAUUGCGUCGAAUCAUGAAUACGAUCGCCGAGGCUGCAGAGCGAAUCAAUAGUCGACGUCAUGUGGAUCGUGUACUGAUUCAUUUGAGGCGUCGUAGUACGGCCAAAUCCAUGAUGUAUUUGAUCGAUCAGGAACGACAUAAAAAAUCGCCAUGGCGACUUUAA